UUCUACUGUAUCCACCAUGAGUGACGCCGUAGAGACUACGUCUGCUCCUGUCCCAUCAGUUGCUUCGCCGAAGAAGUCUGCAGCCAAGAAGACUGGAGCCAAAAAACCAGCUGCCAAACCGACUCAUCCUCCUGCCUCGGAGAUGGUCAACAAGGCUAUUGCUGCCUUAAAAGAUAAAAAGGGCUCUUCGCUCCCAGCUAUCAAGAAGUACAUUGCUGCCAACUACAAGAUCGAUGUUGCGAAGCAGUCCAUCUUCAUCAGAAAGUAUUUGAAAUCCGCUGUUGAGAAGAAGGCUCUCGUCCAGACCAAGGGAACUGGUGCAGCUGGACGUUUUAAGCUUGCAGUCAAGAACGAAGGCGAGAAAAAAGUAGUGGUAAAGAAGCCUGCAGCCAAGAAACCAGCAGCGAAGAAGCCUGCGGGUGAAAAGAAGGUAGUUAAAAAACCAGUAGGUGUUAAAAAAGCCGCAGCCAAAAAACCAGCAGCUGCCAAAAAACCUGUUGUGAAGAAGCCCAAAUCCCCAUCAAAGGCGAAGAAGAGCGGAAAAGCCUUGGCUGCUAAGCCCAAGACUCCAAAACCCAAGAAAGCAGCGGCACCUAAGGCCAAAGCUGCAGCAAAGAAGUAAAUACAAUCUCAGCUCUUAAACAAAAGGCCCUUGUCAGGGCCAAUACAUAUUUUAAACGUAUUUAUUCUGUUCUGUUAUCA